GUAUUGUGCCGGUCGGAUUGUGUUUCGUUUAUUCUUGCAUUAUUAAGUGCCACAACGCGAUUUUUUCAAUAAGAAAUCAUGGAUGAAUUUGCGUCAAAAAUCGGCGACGUUAAAGAGGCGGUAAAAGAUGACGUUUCGGAAUUAAAAGGGCAAAUUAAACGCGAAAUAGAUUCGUUGGACGAUUUCGAACAUUUGGGCCACGAUUCGAGUCCGCUGAAGGAUUUGGGAAAAGAAGUCAGUCGCGAUUUGUUAGGUAACAUUCAAACCGAGCCUGCUACACGUGAUACCUUGGGGGAAAUCAAUAAAGGGGUUGAAAAAGUCGGCAGUACAGUUACCGACAAACUACUCUCGUUCGAGCCGUUCGCAGGUGCAGAGAAUUUGAUUUCGGACAAAAUGGACACGAAUCUAUUGGACUCAGGCGAUAAGUUCCCUGAUCGCAAAGAAGCUGACGACAAGUUGGACAAGUUUCUCACUGAGAUGAGCCAGCCCUUCCAGAGUAAGCCGCCCGAAAUCCCGGAGGUGCAAGACAAGUACGAUUUCGACAAUUUCAAGUCGACCACGAAAAAUUUCAUGGACAACGAACGCGGGCCUUUGGAACCGGCCAAGAUGCACUCCAACAACGAUUCCAUAGACCGCUAUUCGGACAGCGAACCAGAGGAGGAUUUCACGCCCUCCAAAUACGGCUACGUCUCCAAAGAAAACGAACUGCCGGAGUCUUUUGGCUCUACGGACAACUUUAAGCAGGAAACGUUCAAGGAUUUCGACGAUUUCGAACCCGAACCGCCCAAGAAGGAUUACCCGAGACCCAGCGAUCCUGCACCGGAACCUCCCAAGGCACCGGAACCGCCAAAGGAGAAAACUCCGGAACCGGUGAAAAAAAUCCCGGAACCUGUCAAACCGAAAACGCCUGAACCUGCUGUGGAAAAACCGAAACCGAUCGAGAUAAAAGCCGAAAUUAAACCGAAAGCAGCUGUUACCGAUGCCGAAGCUAUUUUCUGCAAAAUGGGACUUGAUGCAUGGUUUAACCCAGAAAGACUGAACCCAAAAGUGGAGAGUUUGAUAUACUGGCGCGAGCCCAAAAAGUCCGGUCCAGUUUUCGGCGGAGUUUUGCUAGUGUUGCUCUGCCUCACCUACUUCUCCCUCAUCAGCGUUAUAGCGUACGUCUCGCUGUUGGGAUUGUCCGGCACAAUCGCCUUCAGAAUCUACAAAAACAUUGUCCAAGCAGUGCAGAAAACUGGAGACGGCCAUCCCUUCAAAGAUCUUUUGGACGUCGACAUCUCGUUGUCGCACGACAAAAUCAAGGAAUUAUCGGAGGUGGUGGUAGUGCACUUGAACGCCAGCGUUUCCGAGUUGCGCAGGCUGUUUCUUGUUGAAGAUCUGGUCGACUCCAUCAAAUUCGGAGUGCUCUUGUGGGCGCUCACCUACUUGGGAGCGUGGUUCAACGGCAUGACUCUCAUCAUCAUCGCUUGGGUCGCAUUGUUCUCACUCCCCAAAGUAUAUGAAACCAACAAGACAAACAUCGAUGCCAACCUGGACAUCGUCAGAACAAAGGUGGCCGAAAUCACAUCAAAAGUAAAAGCAGCCAUCCCAAUUGGCAAGAAAGCUGAAGAAAAGAAAGAACAGUAGACAUUUGUUUUAAAAAUCAUCUUCCACGUCAUGAAACCUAUGAUUUUUCCAUAAUUCCAUCCUAAAGAUCGAUUUUUACUUGUGUUAUUAAUUAAAUAUUUUGUAUAUAUAUGAUAUUUUAAUCGAUGUAUUUAUUCAAAUUGCUUGAAUAUUUGUUGGUUAUUGUCUCAUAAAUGUAAUACAUAAGUUUUAUCAAUGCAAAAAACUUUUUAUUUAACUUAAAUUAUGUAUUACGAAUGUUCUAUUUAUAAGAAUACAAUUAAAAAAAUAAUUUUACGAUUUUGUUUUAUUUCUUUGUUUUUUCAUGAUAAGGGAUUAAUUUUUAAAAGUUGUAUGGCUAUAUUAAUCUUCUAGAUAUUAAGAACUAAUUUAGAAACCUUAAAUAUUCUUCACUGUAUGUGUAUAAAUUUUAAAAAUAAUUAAUUUUUUACUUGUAUCGAGAUAUUUUAUAAUAUAGAUAUGUGUUGUUUUCAUUGUGAUGCUAUUAGUAAGGGUGAGCACGCAAUUUUGCUGAAUAGCAAACAAAUUUAUAUUUGACUGUUAUGUUUUAAAAUCAGUUUAAUAAUAAUAUGAAUAUAUAAGAUGUGUAUAGGACUGAUUAUGAAUUUAUUUUUUAGGCUUUACGACAUAAUCUACAAAUUCAUUCAGACAUUUGACACCAAACAGUCCCAAACCAUUUUGGGACUUGCAAUAGAUUGUAGAUUAAUGUCGUGAAAAAUAUUGUUAAUUAUUAAUUUCGAAUCUCUAUUAACUUCAGAGAAAAUGUGAGUAAUGCCGUACUACACUACUAUACAUUUGUGUAAGUCUUAACUACGAUUAUAUAUCAUAAGAAGACCAAACUAUUUAUAUUCAUUAAAUUAUAUUUUUUUCAUUUUAGGCAGGCAAAUAUAAAGUUUUUACUUUGUUUCUGUAUAAAUUGUUUUUAUCCUCCAUAUUAUUUAGGUAUAAUAUUAUCUUGUAAAUUAAUUUGUAAGUGCCAAGGUGAAGUUCUUUUAGACUGUUGCAUACUUUUAUAUAGCUUUCUUUGUAUUUGCUUUAACAAUAUUAAAAUUACAUUGUUUAUAUCUGCUUAA